AUGAUACAGAUUUUUCAACUAUCAUCCCCCCCCAUUGGCAAGGAAGGUUUUGCAGUCAGCCAUGGUGGUGGGGAAAUGGAGCUUUACAAGGAGCUGGGCCAUGUUUUAUCAUGCCAAUGGUGCAUAAUUACAUGUCAUUUUUUCUACUACCUGCCAUUGACAGAACUGUCCAGAAUUUGCAUUGAUGAUCGUGACCGUCAUGACCAUACAGCCAGGCUUGCAUGUGCAUGGGCAGACCAAUACAAAGCCCUUGUUGAUGCAUAUCUCAAGUUCUGUCACCAAAAUCCUUUGUUAGCUAACCUCAACACAAGCACCGCAGUCUUAGAAGACACCUUUUCUAUAAACAUUGUUGACAUCUUUGAACGACAGCAGGGUGUAUUCAGUCACUGCUCGCCACACAUUCAUGUGUCUCUCAUGACACAUGGGUGCAUCAGUUCAUCACCAUUACAGCCCACUGUUGCCAUUACCAUACGAACACUCGAAGCUUAUUGUCAGAUGCAUCGUGGGUCUAAAAUCCCAUUCUUACUACCACUUCCUCACAUAGCGCGACUCAUACCUCACGCAGCGCGCCCCCGCGCUUUGUCGGCCGCUCGCAAGCGCCAGCGCUCCGGUCGCUUCUUAGUCGCGCAUCGGCGCGCACAUCCUUGGUUCCGUCGCACGUCCUCCGUCCAUCCAUUCCAUGUCCGUUCGGUUCGUCGUGCUGGCAAGGAGGACUUUGAGACUUGUGAAUGGACAUUCUCAGAGUCAAAUGCCCUAGCGCCCGAAAUUCGGAAUUCAACAGAGUUUCACAGGCAUCAAGUGCUUGAUGAACAUUUCCGAUUUGCUGAUCAAGACAAAUAUGCUGCUCUCAGCACUUUCAUUUAUCGCAAUUACGUGCAGGCAUUAGAAUGUAUCCAAGCGGAUAGUGAAUUCCUCCUUCUAUUUGAUCUCACCCCUGAACAUUUUGAAUCAGAUCUGAAUGAUGAGCAUGAUUAUCUUCAAAAGGCUAAUCAACGGCAACCUGGAGACAGUGUGGAGGUUGAGUAUACAAAAGCACUUAAUGAGCUUGAUUGGGAGACCGCUCAACACAAGUUCAAUCACCUUGACUUGCAUACCAUACCUGAUGGAUUCACAAACAAUGAUAUCGCCAACAUCUGUCGUCGCCGCACCACAACUCAGAGCAAGAUGGAGAUGAAAAGUCAAGUAGUCGACGAUUUUGAAACUCGGAUGGGGAUUGAGGAGAGAUGGACGAUGACUCACCCUGAACGUUAUCAUAAAGCCGUUGAUGAUGUGGAGCGUCUUGUGGUAAUGUGGCUGCGUGAACUUAUGAAACUUCAGAUGAGCAGCUUAGGUUAUAAGCUACGCACACAGAUUGCAAAAGCACUGAAGACCCGUGCGACUGCCAUCCGGAAUGCUCUAAACCACUACAACAAGUAUGCAGGUCAACUUGACCCUCCACGACCACCAAUUACAUGGGAGCAGGUAGUUGAAUUCUCACAGCUUGCUGAAUUUGAUCUUCUUCAAGACACGGACAAUCAGUUGCUACAUAAACAUUGGGCAAUUCCUCGUAAUUGUCAGGCCUCUGCGAAAUACUUCGACCUGCAAUGA